GCCAGCCAGUCCGCCCCACCGCCCCUGGAGAGGAGCCACCGCCGCCGCACACCUUUCUCAGCGGGGGUGGGGGGACCCGAGAGCAGCCUUCUCCGCCCUCCUGCGGGGCCAGCACUGCCGAGGUCCUGAGCCCCCCUACAGCAAGAUGGCCUCACCAGGUGCCCCAGGGACCCGCAUGACCUCCACAGUCAGCAUCAACAUCUCCACUCCGAGUUUCUACAGCCCUCAGAAGAAGUUUGCACCUGUUGUUGCCCCCAAGCCCAAAGUGAACCCCUUCAAGGCUGCUGGUGGCGCUGUGCCUGAAAAUGUCUCUGAGCAGGCGCUCCUUCCCCAUUCGGGGGCUUGUGCCCAAAUUGGGAAGGUGGGGGAGAUCCCAACAGCUGUGUCACUUCCCCCUGCCGAAGAGCUCCCACUGCCCCCUCCACCCCCUCCAGGAGAAGAGAUCGUUGUCUCCCCAAACAGUGCGUUCCCACCCCCACCUCCCCCGUUUGAGGAGCCAUUUCCUCCAGCUCCAGAAGAGGUCUUCCCUUCCCCUCCACCUCCCAUGCUGGAGGAGGAACCUGUGGGUCUGAGUGGGCUGCCGGCCCCCCAGGGGCAGGCCCGUGGAAAGAUGAGCAGCAUUGAUUUGGAGAUUGAUUCUUUGUCCUCAAUGCUGGAUGACAUGGAGAAGAAUGAUCCCUUCAAAUCCCGGGUAUCUCCGGGAACCACAGCUCCUAUAGGUGUAGUUUCCGGCACUAAAGGUUCCCCAGAAACCAUGGCUCCACCUAAAGACGCUCCAACUCCGAUUUCUUUCCCCUCCAAUCCCAGUGGAAGCUACAACGUGCCCAAGCCACCGGGAGAACCCGCUCCUCUUCCUCCCCCGUGGGUGGCCUCCAAGCAGCGUAGAGACUUGCCAUCAACGCAGCUUCCAGGGGUGGUGCCUCCUGCGCCGCCUGCUCCACCAGCCCCGAAGUACACGCCGCCUGCCGUGGCCACAGGCCCCAAGUUUGUACCCAAGCCAGCCGCUGGGGUUCCAUCCAGCUUCCCAAAGCCGGCUGCCCCGUCCCCUGCACAGCCCCGCUUCCCGGCCCUUUCUAGCACAGCUCCGGCCCCAAAGCAACAGCCUCCUGCCUUCACCUACGCACAGCAUCGGGAAAAACCCCAAGUCCAGGAGAAGCCGCACCCUGUUGGACAGCCGCCUGCCCCGCGGUACACGCGCACUCCUGUAACCCUUGCAAACACCGGAUCGGAACCUCCCAGGGGCAACUCUGCUCUGACCAUGAAGGAGGUAGAGGAGCUGGAGAUGCUAACCCAGAAGCUCAUGAAGGACAUGGACCACCCAUCUCAGGCAGAAGCCUCCACUUCGGAGCUGUGUGGCCUGUGCAACAAGGCCCUGUCGCGGACGCAGCCGGCUGUCCGGGCCUUGGACAAGCUUUUCCAUGUUGAGUGUUUCACCUGUUUCAAGUGCGAGAGGCAGCUGCAGGGGCAGCAGUUCUACAAUGUGGAUGAGAAGCCCUUUUGUGAGGAAUGUUACGCGGGCACCCUAGAGAAGUGCUGCGUGUGCAAGCAAACCAUCACAGACAGGAUGCUGCGGGCUACAGGCAAUUCCUACCACCCUCAGUGCUUCACCUGUGUGGUGUGCCGCAAACCCCUUGAGGGAGCCUCCUUCAUUGUGGACAAGGGCAACCAGCCACACUGUGUGGAUGACUACCACAGAAAAUACGCCCCACGCUGUUCAGUAUGUACGGAGCCCAUUAUGCCUGAGCCGGGGAAGGACGAGACGGUCCGUGUGGUGGCCCUGGAGAAGAACUUCCACAUGAAAUGCUACAAGUGUGAGGAUUGUGGGAAGCCCCUCUCCAUCGAAGCGGACGACAACGGCUGUUUCCCCCUGGAUGGCCACGUGCUGUGUAGGAAGUGUCACACCACGCGUGUCAAAGCUGCCGCCUGAGGACCUUGGAUCAGGAUAUGCCCCGCCUCCCCCUCAAGCAGCGGGCCUGAUGUUCCCUGUGCCCUUCCAGUGACCCCCACCCCUUCUCUCAAAAUCAUAGCGCAUUUCUACCUAGACAAUGUGUCUCCCUUUCCACUCAAGGGCUACCCUGCGCUUUUUUUAUUUGUUAUUUCUGUCCCUUCUAAGACAGCGUCUUCCUUAACCCCUUUCUUACUCUGGCCACAGUAUAUUAUCCUAGAUACUGUGCAAAGUGACUUGGAAACAUGUCUUUUUAUAAGCCCUGCAGUCGUACGUCUUACCGAGUAAUAUUCAAUCC